AUGAUGACUCUAUGGAGAGCAAUAUAUCGACGACCCAAAGAUCGACUUCUUCCGGACAACGGGAACGAAGGCGGGGGCGGAAACUGUUCAUGGUUCAUCCUUCAAUAUCCAAGGGUUGUCAGGAACAAGGGUCUUGCGGGUAGCGAUGCAUAUAAACACAUGAGUGCCUUUACCGCCACUUUAUAUACGUGUAACAAUCUGCGAAAAGUCGAAAGAAGUAUGGAGAAGAACUUGGAGUCAUCUCCAAAUAAACCAUCAUAA